GCUUAAAUGUAGUAGGAAAAAUUCCUUUAUUUUAAAUUUCAGUUAAGGUAUGUAAUUGUUGUAUAGAAUCUUCUUUUUGUUCAUGUUGUCCUGUGUGAGUUUCAUGCUAGUGUUCUUUCUGGGACCAUUGUUAUAUAUUGCAUGACUUGUGAUUCACAGCAUAAAUCAAAAGAAAACGGUUGUGUUAGUGAGAUUUCCCAUAAGCCUGGGAAAUCUUUCAGACAGAUAAUAAACUGGACUACUUACUGUUUUUUCAAAGAAACAAACACUGCACACUGCUUCUUUGCAGGGGCACUUGAUCUACCCAGGGGAUACUUCCUUUAAGUUGUGAACGACACAUAAAUUAGUUACAGAAGAGCUGUUUAUUCUAUUUGGGGUGGAAGAGUGAGGAAAUGGUUAGACAGAGGCAAAUAUCAAUAUAUGAGGGACUUCAGAACCUUGCUAAAAGAUUUGAAUUUUAUUUGGAAGUGAUAAAAGACAGGGAGUAAGUUUAAACUUUGGAUUAAAACUAAAAUUGAGCUUGAAAGAAAUAGAAGGUAAAAUGGAAACGGCAAACAUUUAAAAGGGUGUCAAGGAAUUGUGUAUGAAAAAUAAAUCACAGUAGUCCAACUGAUAAUCAUGGUAUCAUUUUACAAAGAUUAGUCCCAUUUAUUGUUGCAGUGAUUUGGAGCUGCAAUUGAGACUGGUUUCAUUUCUAGUGCAGGAAGAGGUGUGAGAUAGCUCUGUCACUGAGUAUGCAGAUUGUUUUCCCCUUUCCUUUGGGUGCUCACACUUCUGUGGCGCUGUGUUCCAUAGUGUAUUGUUUUAAGUCUUGUACCUGUCCACUCUUCAGCGUCCAGUGCAGAGCCUGACACAGAGUAGGUGGUCAGUAGCAGUGUUGGCAAGAAGAACUAAAGAAUCUGUUUUCUUGAUCCACCACAAACCAGACAAAGUAAAAGCACUUAAUGCUUUGUAACUUCGAUCAGCUUGAUGAAUAUGGAGCAUUUUAGGACUUUCCAUAAUUUGUAAGCAUGUGUUUGUGCAAUUGUGUACAUACACACCGUGCUCAAACAAACUACUGUCAUUGUUUAUCCUAUUCUAUUCAUCCACAGGUUUUAAAACAGAAAAUUAAGUUGGCAUUAGUAGAAAUGUGAUGCUACUGGUACUGUGACUACUGCCAUUUCUGCAGUACUUCUGUGGAUUCUUCUCUGAAUAUUGAUAGUCAUUUUAUAACUCUUCAUUAGAAGUAUUAAUUUUGAUUUCUAUGUGCCUUACAUAGUGGAUGAGCUUGCCUCUUUCUUCCAAAGAAAAAUAGGAGUGGGUGAACCUCUAGUUCACUAUAAAAGUGAAAGGAAGCUAGCUAAUGUGGACAUUUAGAUAUUUGUGAUAAAGCUUACACAAGUGAAGAGAUAGUACUAUAAAUCUAUAAUUAUAAGCAUAAAUAUAUAGAAGUCAGUUUAAAAUCAUGACCUUUUAAAAAAAUAACAUCAGAAUGUUCCCCCCUUGAGCCUAUGACUUUCCUAGGCGCCAGUCUUGACCACGUUUACAGUAUCAGUCCUGAGCCUGUAGAAUCUACCCAUCCCGGUGCAUAUUGUCACUACUACACUAAUGAGCACAUCUUGUCCAGUGGGUUAGUAUUGUAACAUGUAGGCUAAGACCAUUGAUUACUUUCUCCCCCAGCAACCUGUACAUAUUCACAUGAGCCACAAUAAUUAGAUUCACUGGGCUAUUUUAUAAAAAAAGAGACCAUGAACUUGGAAGUAAGUUAUGAGUUAUGAGGGUGGGGUUUGAGGGAGAAAGUAGUUGGGGAAUGGAUAUUAUUAAGAUACAUGUAUCCAUAUAUAACAUUUUCUAAGAUGAAAAAAGUGAAGAAAGGGGGUAAGAAAUAUGAACUAGAGUAGUCAGAGAUGUUUUCUGCAUAGGGUUGGUCAUUGAAAAGUGGUUGAGUUAAGUGCAGUAAGAGAUACAGGGUAGCAUCCAAAUGGAGGAAAUAGCAUGAACAAGGGCUGGAGUAGCAGGCCCACCAGUAGCUAUACAAACAACAUGGGCUACCCAGGAGUGCCUUAUGGAGGAAGGAAUUGAAGAAACCGUUGCAGGAAUGAUGAUAGUGCAAGGAACAUUCACUGUUCAGUUUUAUGAUGGAGUAAUCCGUUGUUUAAAAAGAAUGCACAUUAAAGCCAUGCCUGAGGAUGCGAAGGGGCAGUUUCUGUUCCAGGUGAAAUCCCAGCAUCCACUAAGCUGGUGUUGUCCUAUCGACCCAGCUGGAUCGUGUAACCAGUCUAUGGGAAGUGAGGACUGGAUUGCUUUAGUCAAAGCAGCUGCUGCAGCUGCAGCAAAAAAUAAGACAGUGACUAAGCCUCGGACCAGUGCUAACAGCAAUAAAGAGAAAGAGAGAGACGGGGGAAAGUGGCUUACAGUGCCUUCAAGGAAGGCAGAAACUCCAACUUGCAGAGCCACAGUAGAGACUGAGAAGAAGGAGGAGCUACCCACAUCUAGUGAACCGUUUGUAGGACUUCACAUAGACAGCGUUCCAAAGAUCGUCUUUCCACAGCCAGAGAGCACAUUAACAAACAAGAGGAAAAAUAAUCACGGAAACUCAUUUCAGGCAAAGAGAGCACGACUUAACAAGAUUACUGGUUUGUUGGCAUCCAAAGCUGUUGGGGUAGAUGGUGCUGAAAAAAAAGAAGACUGCACUGCAACAGCUCCAGUCCUGGAGCAGGCGAUUUCACCUAAACCUCAAAGUCAGAAAAAAAAUGAAGCUGUCAUUAGCAGUUCUGCCAACACUCAGAAACCUGCACUGUUAUCCUCAACUUUGUCUUCAGGGAAGGCUCGCAGCAAGAAAUGCAAACAUGAAUCUGGAGAGUCUUCUGGGUGUAUAAAAACCCCUAAGUCACCACUUGCCCCAGAAUUAAUACAAGCCAAGGAUUUGACGCUUGUAUCUCAGCUUUCUUCAGUGAUAAAUAAAACUAGUCCUCCACAGCCUGUGAAUCCCCCUAGACCUUGCAAGCAUAGUGAGAGGAGAAGAAGAUCUCAGCGGUUAGCCACCUUACCCAUGCCUGAUGAUUCUCUAGAAAAGCUUCCUUCUUCCUCUUCAGCCACUGAUGGGAAAGUAUUCUCCCUCAGUUCUCAGAAUCAGCAAGAAUCUUCAGUACCAGAGGUUCCUGCUAUCGCGCAUAUGCCACUCCAGAAGCUGGGACCCUGUCUCCCUCUUGAUUUAAGUUGUGGUUCAGAAGUCAUAGCACCUCGAGCCCCAGACUCCUCCUCUUCUGGUGGUGAAUGUUCCAGGGAAGGAAAGGAGGAGCCACAGUCAUUUGCAAAUCCCUCCUCCAAAGUAGUGAGUGAUGUAAAAGGAGCUUCAGCAGCCUCUGGAAUAUCGAAAACAGAAAAAAAAGUGAAAUUGGAAGAAAAAAGCUCCACUGCAUUUGGCAAAAGGAAAGAAAAGGAUAAGGAGAGAAAAGAGAAGAGAGACAAAGAUCAUUACAAAUCAAAGCAGAAGAAAAAGAAAAAGAAGAAAAAGAAAUCUAAACAGCAUGACUAUUCCGACUAUGAAGACAGUUCCCUAGACUUUUUGGAAAGGUGCCCUUCUCCAUUAACUCGAUCUUCUGGGAGUUCUUUGGCUCCACGAAGCACAUUUACAGAUAAAACUACAGCCUAUCAGUACCCGAGGGCAAUUCUGUCCGUUGAUCUUAGUGGUGAAAACUUGUCGGAUGUGGAGUUUCUGGAUGACUCUUCCACAGAGAGUCUGCUUUUGAGUGGAGAUGAGUACAAUCAAGACUUUGAUUCAACUAAUUUUGAGGAGUCUCAGGAUGAAGAUGAUGCUAUUAAUGAGAUUGUGCGAUGUAUCUGUGAAAUGGAUGAGGAAAAUGGCUUCAUGAUCCAGUGUGAAGAGUGCCUGUGCUGGCAGCACAGUGUGUGCAUGGGGCUCCUGGAGGACAGCAUUCCGGAGCAGUACAUCUGCUACAUCUGUCGGGACCCUCCGGGUCAGAGAUGGAGUGCAAAAUAUCGCUAUGAUAAAGAAUGGUUGAAUAAUGGAAGAAUGUAUGGGUUGUCUUUUUUAAAAGAAAAUUAUUCUCAUCUCAAUGCCAAAAAGAUAGUUUCCACACAUCAUCUGCUUGCUGAUGUCUAUGGUGUGACUGAAGUCCUGCAUGGGUUACAGCUGAAGAUUGGGAUACUAAAGAAUAAACAUCAUCCUGAUCUUCGUCUCUGGGCUUGUUCUGGGAAGAGAAAAGACCAGGAUCAGACAGUAGCUGGAGCAGAGAAAAAACUGACACUUCAGGACAUAGCUAACUCAGAGGGAAAAAAAUAUGUACAGAACCACAGAGAACCACCUCUGAAAAUGGAAGGAACGUAUAUAACAAGUGAACAUAGCUAUCAAAAGCCACAAACCUUUACUCAGGACUGCCAGUCUCUCACAGACCCUGGAAGCUCAGAUGAUGAUGAUGAUGCUAGCAGUUUUGAAGAAGAUGGAGAACUCCGCAUGGGAAAUAAAAGCCAUCUUCUGUAUUCAGCAAAAGAGCAUGGAGUGUCAGAGAAGAAGAAUCCUGCUUCAGGAAAUAAAGUGUUUGUUUAUAAUGAGAAAAGGGGCACAGAGGGCCCAGGAGAUUCACAUCUUCAGUGGCAGCUAAAUCUCCUCACGCACAUAGAAAACGUGCAGAAUGAAGUCACCAGCAGGAUGGACCUCAUAGAAAAAGAAGUGGAUGUUCUGGAAAGCUGGCUUGAUUUCACAGGAGAAUUGGAGCCACCAGAUCCUCUUGCAAGACUGCCCCAACUUAAACGCCACAUAAAACAACUCUUACUUGACAUGGGCAAAGUACAACAAAUAGCAACUCUUUGCUCUGUAUAACAAUAGUAAAUACUCAGUGGCAAGAAUGUGUCUUCAGCUAAGUGGAUAGUCAAAAAGCUUAGUAAUGUUUGGUCAUUUACUGAUUUGUGACAUCAGUAGUAUGGCAUCGUGGAAGGAAAAUGAAGAACAACUUUAUCAAGGAAACUGAUAUUAAAAAUGAGUGAGCAAGCUGCAAAUGCUAAUGUCAUCUAUGCCAAGAAUCAGUGCAUAGAAUACCGAGUGCUAUACUAAAGGGGCAGAAUUGGCAGGAUUCUUAUAGUUGCUUUCACAAAGCUCAAGAUACCUGUAGAGAGAAAUAUGGUGUGUUUAUAUAGACUCUAGAAGAGAUACCCAUCUCUAUAAACCAGCAUUUGGCCAAAACAACACUGUAAGGAAAUUCAAGUUCUGGAGAGUUCUACACAUUUGCUCUAAGAAUUGCCUUCUCAACAGUUGGAUACUGCUGCAAAGAUACUUAGGUUAUUUAAACUUCUGGAGGAUCAUGAGCUAUUUCUUGGGUGAUGAAUGUAUUUAAUCAGAAAACUGACAAUGGAAGUCUCACUUUCGGGGAAACAAUUGUGGAAUUCUAACUUCAUUAUGAAUGUAUUUUAAGAAACCCACCAAAUAAUUGGAAUUUAUUGCGGGCAUUGUGCUCUUUAAAAACAAAGUGGCUUACAAAAGGGCCCAGUGUGCCAAAUGUUGAUACUGCUGGAAAGAGGGCUUGAAUAUUGCAGGAGUCCUGCCACCCGCCGUACACAAUGCCAUUAACCAUACAGUCCUAUGCACCACAUGCUGUGUGUGCUCUGUGUAGGUGAGUGGCACUGUCCAAGCUUCAGCAUACAGUUUGAUCCUGGAUAUGCUUGGUGUGUUUGUCUUUUGAAAAAACAAAAAACAAAGAAAAAAAACCCAAACCUCAGCUGGGAUGAGGAGUGACAAAAAUAUCAAAAUAAUCUGUGGCUGUAGUUUUUUUUUUUAACUGCUAGUAGUGGAAUACUGGAAAAGCUUCAUUUCUGAAGACAAAUUUUAUUUUAAAAGAUAAAUAUGCAUUCAAAAAUUUUAGCUUUGAUCAUAAAUGGACAGAUUUAUGAAACCAAAGGCAACUAAGUUGCUUACUCAGCUCUUGCUGGAUUUUUGAGCCUAGGUCCUACUGUCUGCCAGUCCUGGUGUGAAUUGUGUGCACCCCCCAGUGCUACAUGUGCAGGUAUGCGUAAGUGAGUCUGUUUGUUUAAAUAGUCAACGUACAUAUGUACAUAAUCAACACAUAUUUAUAUCACACAUAUCUAGUUUUAUUACUAUAGACUAUACAAAUCGGUGGUUAACAUAAAAUGUUACCUUUUAACAGACUGUUUUUAAAAACGAAAAAUGUAUGUACAGGUUUUGAAAUUUUUUUAAAAAGGGGAAAAGACUGUAAAGAGGAGGCUGUUUGAUGACAUUACACUUGAAUAUUUUUUGCCUCAUUCUGUUUAUCAGUUCUAGCUGUCUAUAUAAACUCAUUUAGAACUGAUAGACAGUGAACUUGAAUUUAUCUUUGAUAAGAAUUCAUGCCACUGUACAUUCAGAUAUUUAAAUUUGCAAACACACUGUUCUAUAUGUAAGGUACUGUAUGUAAAACUCUAUUAAAACUAUUCCACUUAUUCUAAAAUUUCAGCUUGCCUUUUUGUGGCCUUAUGUUUUGAUGUGAAGAUUAAAAGAAUGUGCAAAACAUUGAGAAAUAUUUUUAUUGCCUUUUGAGAUUUUUCCAACUGACAAAUGUGCCAAAGAUCACCAUAUGUAAAGUUUAUUCCUCUGUAUUUACUUGUCAUAUCCAAACUUUGUCAGAGCUCCUACUGAUGAAAGCUUUAGCAGAAGUCAUUGUGGGGUAAUUGCUUAAAUUUGCAUAUUAAAGUAAAACUUAGUGCCUAUAACCCAUGUGUGGAGUAAUUUUACUAAUGUCUGUUUUAAAAUUGAUACUUUAUUGUUGGUUUAUGUUUUAAAACGAUAGCUCUAAAGCUCUCAACUGCAGCUGAGACAUUGAAUUUGCAUCUUCUUUUCAGAAAUAGAGACAGUAAUGUCCUUAGCCUGUGAAUAGUGGUGUUGCCUUGAUUUUUGUCAUAUAUGCAGAUGAGCUCUGCAUUCAGUUAUACUCAGCUUCUCAGUUCUGGUGACUUUGGUUAAAGUAAUGCACAGUGUUGUGGUAUAGACUAAGUGUCCCUAACACAAAAGUCUGGAAUGCUCUAAAUGUGGAGUGCCAGCUUAUCUCCACAAGAGGAAAGUUCAACAUCUCACUGUGUGUGUGGUAGGAUCACUAUCAAAAUGCAGGCUUGCUAAAGAUUCAGUGUACAAUAUCUUCAAGCUAUGUGCUUCAAUUGUACACAAAACAGUAGUGAAGUUCAUGUUUAAAUUUAACUCUCAUGCCAAGAAUGUGUCAUGAUAAAAUGUAAAGAUUCCACUAUUGAAGAAAACACCAAAUCCAAAACAUUGUCCUUCCUGAGCAUUUCCAGUAAUGAGCAAUAAACCUAUAUUUCAAAAUUCAACCACUUUGUUAGCUGCCAGCAAAUUGAGUGCUUCAUUAACAGAACAUGCUAAAUGUUCUGAUUGCUUCUUUGUCAAUGAAUGAGAAAGCUGAUCCUUAGAUUUCAAGCUUUAAAGGCUAUAUGAUUAUGUGCACAUAUGCUGUUACUAUGGAGCCUACCCACAACUGCGUGAGGCCCAUUAGCAGCUAGAGAGGGCAGAACUUUUCUUUGAGAGAAUGUUUUAACUUUGGAGAAGCAAAUUGAUUAUGAGGUGUCAAGUAAGAUUUGUUUUCCCUCUUAUUCUUACCUAAAAUCAUUGUACUGAAAUGUGAGCAAUGAACUGGAGAGGGUGUUUCCUUCAAAGAUAAUAUUUCAUUUCCCAGACAGAAGAAAACAAGUCCUGGUGGAGGGAUUCCUCCUCAUAAUUUCUGGCAAAUUUAAUUUGUACUUUCUCGUGGUUGUCUGUGGGUCCACUGACUGUGGAAGUAAUGUACUUUCUCCUUAAAGGAAUUGUUAUUCUCAUAAUUUCAGGCAAAGCCCCUGUUCCUAUUUGUUUCAACUCCAUGUUCAUACUAAAAUGUGCAUACUUCACAUGGUCAGACUGAAGCAUACUUCUUCCCUAAUAAACCAAAUCUGCUGCCAU